GGCGUGGUUUCCCUCCAGUGGGGACGUGGGCCAUGGCGGCGGAGGCCCGGUCCGGCGGUGGCUCGGAGCGAUGGCUGCCACCACACUCGCCGUCAGGGCUGGUGGUGCAGACGGUGGAGAUGCACACGGGCGGCGAGCCGCUGCGCAUCAUCCCGCGGCUGGAGGCGGCGGAGGCAGCGAGCAGGGCGCUGUCGCUGCUGUCGCUGCGGCGGGAGGUGGCGGCCACGCAGGACCACGUGCGGCGGGCGCUGAUGCACGAGCCACGAGGCCACGCCGGCAUGUAUGGGGCUGUGGUGGUGCGCGGUGAGGCGGCCACCGACGGCGCCCACCUGGCCGCCCUCUUCUUGCACGGAGCGGGCUACAGCACCAUGUGCGGCCACGCCGUCCUGGCCCUCGGCCGCUUCGCCCUCGACUACGGGCUGGUGGCGGCACCCAGCUGCCCCGAGACCACCGUCCGCCUGCGCUGUCCCUGCGGGCCUGUCACUGCUUUCGUGCCCUGGGAUGGCCACCGCAGCGGCAACCCUGUCCGGUUCCAGAGCGUGCCUGCCUUUGCUGCUGCCACCGACUUGGCCAUUGAUGUCCCUGGUCACGGGAAGGUCGUGGUGGACAUUGGCUACGGUGGUGCUUUCUAUGCCUUUCUCAGCGCCCAGCAGCUGGGCCUGGAUGUGUGCUCUUCAAAGACCAAAGACCUUGUCAAUGCGGCAAGUGUAGUGACGGAAGCGGUGAAGAAACAGUUCAAGCUUCAUCACCCUGAAAGCGAAGAUCUGGCUUUUCUCUACGGCACCAUACUGACAGAUGGGAAAGAUGCCUUUAGCGAGGAGCCCACCACCAACAUUUGCGUGUUUGCAGAUGAACAGGUUGACCGAAGUCCAACAGGUUCAGGAGUGACGGCUCGCAUUGCCUUGCAGUACCAUAAAGGACUCAUCCAGCUGAAUCAGACCAGAACCUUUCGGAGCAGUACCGCAGGGUCCUUCUUCACAGGGAAGGCAGUGCAGGCAACCAAAUUUGGGGACUACAAUGCUGUCAUCGUGGAAGUCUCAGGAGAAGCUUUUUACACCGGUACAGCCACCUUCACUGUUGAAGAAGAAGACACACUGAAAUACGGCUUCUUCUUCAAGUGACCUGAGCCACUGGGUAGUGUCAAAGGCUCAUUGAGAGUGCUGCGCUUUUCCAGCCCACACAUUCCUCCUUCUCCACAUGGCUUGUUGCAGUAUGCCAGAACAACAGGAAUAGCCUCUGGUGGCAUCUGCCUUGUUUGAAGAUCACAGUCAGUGUUCCCCUGCUGUAAUUAGCAUUCUGGGUGCAAUGCGAUUAACAGAGAUGAGAAGCCUGAGAAGCUAUCAUCAUCAUCAUCAUCUUUUUCUUAAUAACUUUUCACAGAAAACAGAACUGAUCCUGGAGAGCUGUCUUCAGAUUUAUGUGCCUUCUGUAUAUCUGCAAAUUACUAAUUCCAAAGCCAGAUUCCUAUUAAAAGCAAGCUA